AUGCAGAGUCCACGCGAGAUCUCAUCCGAGCGCCAAGGCGCGCUAACGCCCGCCACCGCUCGCCUGGUGACCAAGCUGGGCGGCGAGCUACCCGAGAGCGGCGCCACGCCGCGCAUGCUCGACCCGAACUCCGCGCGCCAGCCCUGGGCCAACCUCACUAUUAAUGCCGCAUCUUCGAUGCGCUCUGGAUCAGGUUCUAGCCAAGUGGCGCUGCCGGCCGGUCUGCUGCCGGAACGGUACACUGCCGACUUGACGCACUGGCAGUCACCGGCCGACUUGCCGGAACGCCGCCUCAUGGUCCAACGCAUCAUUGCUAUGACUCGCAGUAAGCGCGUGGAGACUGCAGCAUGCGCCGACACGCGCACGCCGUCGCUAGCUAAACGUAUCGAGCUGUCACUGUACUCCCGCGCGGCCUCGUUCCACGAGUACCGCGACCUUAAUACACUACGCCGUCGACUACAAUCACUCGUGUCGCUGAGCUUCCAUGAGGCUGCGGUGUCGCGCCGCCGGCGCGCUGCCAUGAUGUCGGGCAACGGCCCCGUCACAGCCGUACCACAACUCGGCAAACGGAAGUGCAGAGCCAUGACGCCUUUCGGGGUGUCCAGACUCACCAUCAAACGCCCACGCGCCGAGUGCAUCGGAUCCACUUCAAGCUGCACGCCACGCACUACUUCCAACAUGGAGGACGAUGCGCCUUUCUUUAUCAUGGAUGAGGCAGUGUUAGGCCUCGUAUUCGCCUUCCUACCCGGUCUCGAGACGAUCCGGUGUAUGCAGCUUAACCGAUUCGCACGUCGCGUUCUACCUCGCUGUGUGUUGACACUCGAAGUCGAACUUCGUCAGCUUCAGUUGGCCUACACACUACGCGCCGUCGCUGUGCCUACUCAACCGGCAGCCACCCUGUUAUGUCAGUUUCCUAACCUGACCGGUCUCACUGUCUUCAACUCGUUGAAACCGCUGUGUGACCAGCAAGAGGCCGGUCCGGCACUACACGCCUGGGGCUGCAGUGAACUGGACAUCUCUCACGAUAACGCCGGAGAGGAAGUGGUGCAGCAGCUUGCGGAAGGCAUCGAACUCGGCGCCUGUCGACGUCUCAGCAGCCUUCGUCUCGUGUCGGUGUUCACUAACACAUGUCGCGGUAACGCGCUGCACCUGCUGUGUGCUGCGCUGGUCAAGGGCUCGUGUCCGGAUUUAGAGGACUUGCUACUGGGAGGCAAUGGCUUCUCGGACGUGGGCACAGUGGACGUCGCGUGGCUGAUCAAGGUCGGAUCGCUCCCUAAGCUGGUGCGUCUGGACAUCCGUCGCAACUACAUCGGCGAGUCCGGUCUGAAGCGGAUCAUGGCUGCUCUACGUGCCGGUCGCUGCCAACAGCUCAAGUACUUAUGCAUGGGCGGCAAUAUCAUUACGGACAAUUGCGUGGCUCCGGUCGUGGAGUUGCUGUCGAGCGCUCAGUGUCCUCAGAUGCGCUUCCUCGGACUGGAGGACAACUUCCUGAGUGCACGCGGCGUUCAGUGCAUCAUCAAGGCGGCUGUGGCCGGUGGCAUGAUGCCCAAACUUCACCAUGUCUCCUGUGAUGGAAAGCUCGGCAGCGACGAGACCCAGAGCGUGCGUGCCGCCUAA